UCGCCAUUAUGUGAAGAACAGAAAUUGUCUGUUUAAAAAAUUUUCGAGGAAAUAAAUACAAGCAUCAUGUUAAUGAUUUUUAAUUUAUAAGAGGUACAUCAGCUUAUUUUAUUAGAAGAGUCCUGUGACUGUCUACAAACGAACAGAACCUAACAAUUUUAUAGAUUACUGUAUAACUAAAUUUUUUAACAUACUAAGGUAAGUGAAACAUCGUCAAUGAAAUGAACAAUACGAAACAUUUUGAUGUGAUGUAGUUGAAGGUCAAGAAAAUUUUACCGCUGAUCGCUAGCACGUAAUACUCGCUAUUAUGAUAUGCAGAAUAUUAGUUGUAAAAACGGCUUGAACAGGGGUACAGAAGCGAAGAUUUUUCACUCAAGUAGACAAUGUCAAGUAGACAGCGAGAAAUUAACAAGUUUAUAUCAACAAGUGGCAGACCUGAAGGAAACAGUUAUGUCAUUAGAAAACAUAAUACAAUUAAAGGAUGUUCAAUUGGAAAAUAUGCAACGAGAUAAUGGUCGACUAUCGGUCGAAUUGAAGAAACAACAAAGAUACGUGAGGAACCUGAAACGUAAGACUUUGGAAACUUGAUUCGAGUUCAUCGCGAUUCUUAAAUGUAUCGACUUAAUUUCAGAGCAGUUGGACGAUGAAAGAUUCCUCUAUCAGAGAGAAAAGGAUUUCUUUGACAGUGAAAUGCAACGACAAAAAGUACGAUAUGGUGCCUCGAAAUUAUCUCAACGAAGAAAAGAAUUAGAAGUAGUACGAGAAUGUUUGGAAGAUGAGAAUAAAUCGCUGCGAGAAGAAUUAAACGAAAAAGUGGAGACAACGUACAACUUGUGUAUAAAGUUUUUGCGAAUGAAAUAUGCUAAGGAUUCGUUGAGGGAGAAAUUUGAUCAAUUAUUGAAGGAGCAUCUAGGAGUAAUGUCGGAUAUGAUGGAGAAAUUAGACGAGGCAAGAGAAGAACUUAAUAUAAUCGUUUCCGAAAAAUUUCAAGACCCUUUACCUUUGAGCAAAGCAAAAUUUUUGCAGGUGGUGCAACGAAACGCUCGACUAGUUCACGAAAAUGCGGCACUCAAAAUGCAAAUACAGCAAUUGACGUUAAACAUUGAAAGAUUAAAUAACUGUAUGCAAAAAACGAAGUCAGUGAACGUAGACGCGAAAAUUAUUGCCAAACUAGCAACGCAAAAUAAAAAAAGACGUAGCAAAGAAUUCACAAAAUGGCUACCGUUUCAUUUAUAUGAAAACGAAGUUGACAAAACUUUGUCCCUUACUAAGUCGUCGAAUACUGAAAAUCCCGUUGAUUACUCUGGAGAUGCGAAAUUAGCGUCGAAAUUUCGUUCGGACAAUAUAAAAAAGUACGCGACUGCUGCGGUACAAGAAGUUCGAACUGAAGAAACAUGGAAAUUGCGAACGGAACGUGCGCGAAGCGCACCAGAAAUUCGACUAGCGAAAGCACAACCAACCUCGUCGGCGAAUAUUUGAAUAGCUUUUGGUCGAAUGGAUGUGCGACACGCCUUAACGAAUACUUAGGACUACGAAUCUAGGAUGUUGUAAAAAUGUAAAUGUUAUAAUUAUCUUUUUUAUAUUUAUUUUCUUUUUUGUUAAAAACAUAUCGACUGUAGAAUAUAAAGUGUGAUGUAUCAACUGUA